GUCGAUACGCCUACAGCGAGGUCUGCUUCACAUCAGCACUCGCGCUGUGAGCUGAUACAGGAGAGCUUCUGUGUGGGUGUGUGCAUGACACUCUCGUUUUUUUUUCCUUGGGAUUCCUCUUGGCCCAUUAGGCUUUGCAGCAAGUGGAUGUGCUGAUGUAGGAAGAAUGGAUGCACCACCGCUCACACACGUACACACACACACGGGGAUCAGCCAUGGGGCCGAAUGAAGUAAUCAACCACCAGACAUUUGAAGAUUGAAGAUACAACAAUGUGACUGAGGGAUUGGUUCAGAUGUAGCUGCUGUAACACCGUCCAAUUAUGCUGAGCCCUGUUCUCCGUUCUGAGCUCUCGGCCUUGGAGCCGGAGUACACAGAGGCUGAUGUCAUCUCUACGGUGGAGUUUAGCCAAUCAGGAGAGUUUCUGGCCACCGGGGACAAGGGGGGGAGAGUGGUCAUCUUUCAAAGAGAACCUCAGGGGGAAUAUAAUGUGUACAGCACAUUUCAGAGCCAUGAGCCCGAAUUCGACUGCCUGAAGAGCUUAGAGAUAGAGGAGAAAAUCAAUAAGAUCCGUUGGUUACCUCAAAUCAAUUCCACCCACUUCCUUCUGACCACCAAUGAUAAGACCAUUAAGCUGUGGAAGGUGAGCGAGAGAGACAAGAGGCCUGAAGGUUACAACCUGAAAGAUGAGGAGGGUCGGAUGAAGGACAUUUCCAGAAUCACAUCUCUUCAGGUCCCUGUGUUACGGCCGAUGGAUCUGCUGGUGGAAGCGUCUCCGCGGCGUGUGUUCGCUAAUGCUCAUGCCUACCACAUUAACUCUAUCAGCAUUAACAGUGACUGUGAGACUUACCUGUCAGCUGAUGACUUGAGGAUCAACCUGUGGAAUCUCAACAUCACAGAUCGCAGCUUCAACAUUGUGGACCUGAAGCCAGAAAACAUGGAGGACCUGAGCGAGGUGAUCACCGUGGCUGAGUUUCACCCUCAUCACUGCCACUUGCUGGCCUUCAGUAGCAGUGCAGGUGCUACACGCCUGUGUGAUAUGAGAUCUCGCGCGUUAUGUGACCGACCUGCUAAACUAUUUGAGGAGUCAGUGGACCCAGCCCAUCGAUCGUUCUUCUCGGAGAUCACUUCCUCUGUAUCGGAUGUAAAGUUCAGCCACAGUGGACGCUACCUGCUCACCCGAGACUACCUCACUGCUAAAGUCUGGGACAUCAACAUGGAAAACAAACCGGUGGAGAUAUAUCAGGUCCAAGAUUAUCUGCGCUCGAAACUAUGUGCCCUUUACGAGAGCGACUGCAUCUUUGAUAAGUUCGAAUGCGCCUGGAACGGGACCGACAGUGUCAUCAUGACAGGAGCGUACAAUAACUUCUUCCGGAUGUUCGACCGAGCGAGUCAGCGCGAUGUGACUCUGGAGGCGAGCAGGGAGGUGUGUAAGCGGCGUGCCGUGCUCCGGCCUCGCCGCGUGUGCGUGGGGAAGAAGAGGAGGGACAACGAUAUCAGCGUGGACAGCCUGGACUUCAGGAAGAAGGUCCUGCACACGGCGUGGCAUCCCACGGACAACAUCAUCGCCAUUGCAGCCAGCAACAACCUGUUCAUCUUUCAGGACAGACACGGGCCCGGACACCACGGGGGCCAUCAUUUAGAACAAGACAAACCUUUGCAGUUACAGGACACAGCUCGUGACUGAACACGACCUUUAGCCCAGACGGCAACGCGUCGAAAAAUUCGUAAAACUUAAGAGCACGUUUUCAGUAUAAACACAAAAGCCUGAUAAUAAUUGAAUGCUGGAUAUUAUAACCGCGAUUAUGACUGGGACUGUAUUUCAGCACUUCUGCAUGAAAUGUAACACAAGGGACUGAGCUAAACCAGGAAAUAUAUUUGCCUGUCAGUGUUUAAAUAACUACUGCAUGUUUACAUUAUUAUCCUUAAUCAAUGGGCUUCGCUAACUGACUGAGUUCUACUGACAGUGAUGAAUGCAAACAAACCCGGACCCUUUAUUUAAUUGAAUUUAUGAACUGUAUCCACCAUCUGGUGGCUCUUCUCAGGUUUCAUGUUUCUUGACUGGAGACAGGAGACAGUAAACUUAAGACGUCCUUUUCCUCAUAUCAGAUAUUAAAACUGAAGCAGUACAAUCAUGACAUGUGAAUGUCUGAACGAGGAACAAUGUUUCUAAGGAACUUACUAAUGAAAAACUGGAUUUUCAAGUUGUUUUGGUUUUUUUUUUUUAAAGCAUGCUAAAUCAUUGUGCUGCUGAUUUGAUGUCACACGGAAGAUGUCACAGAUGGGGGAGAGUAGGGGAGAGCGGGGUGAGCUGUAACGGCUGUUUCAACU